ACUUUUAUGCAUUACUUUAAAAAAAAUGGAGAGAGGGCUCUUUUCAUUGCUUGGUUUACCUCUGGUCAGGCUAAGUCUUUUCUUUUUCUUUUUAAUCCGUCCUUUUAUUUUAGAAAAACACAAAACCAGGUUCCACGCAGUGCUUUAGUAGCUAAAAGUGAAAGAGCUGCUUUUUUCAGAGCUCAGCUUCUAUGAAUCGCUCUGGAAAAUUGGUUCUUCUGAAUAGGUGAAGGGGGAAAACGUUUAAUAGGAUCCGAGGGAGGCUCUGCUCUCGCAAUCUGCUCCUUAAACAGGUGGAAAUAGGACCUCCUCAAUUAUACAAAUAGAGGCUGCUCGGCUGCUGCUCACACCAAGUUGUGCGAGGAUGGCGAGCUCCGCGCCUUUGGAGACCGUGACGCCCUGUCCGAGACACGAGUCCAGGCUGGGAAGCGGCGGCACCCCGAAGAGCCUGGCCUUCUCCAUCGAGCGAAUCAUGUCCAAAACGUGCGAGCCGAAAACUUCUGCGGAGGACAAGCCCCGGGCAGGGGACGCUGCGGAAGGAAAAAAGAUCAUCAGCCUUUGUUCACCGAUCCCUUGUAUGAUUCCUCUACAACCGUUUGGCUACGACCUGCAGAGCAAGGCGCUCAUCAACUACUCCGAGUUUUGGAAAGCUAAUUUCAGAGGCACGCUUUGUAACUCGGCCACCAUGUGCAAGUCAAACUGCGGCAUGUGCUGCAAGAGCGAGGCGAGUUUUGUGCAUUCGCUCUUACCAGCGAGUCGAGUCAUCAAACCUCAGGUCAUUCACCAGGCGGUGACAAUGCCAGCUAACGGAUCUCUAUACUAUUUGAAUUACUUGGACUCUUCGUAUCGCCCCUCUGACAUUUUAAGUGGACAUUUAUUUCCCUCCGGCAUUGUUACUCCUCAAUCACAGACUUCUCUGUCUGCACACCAAAAACUACUUUUGCUGGAAAAUGCCAAACUGGCUAAUCUAACGGCAGACAAAUUUCCGACACCCCAGUUUCCUCAUAAGGAGCAUCUGCCAGGACAGUUGGAUCAGAUCGUGAAGGAGAGCAGUAGUCUGACCACGGAGAAGAGCGGCGUGAAAACGCACAGCAAACUGACCAGCAGCCCGGCUGACGGCAAGCCCAAGCAUUUCACCUGUGACGUGUGCGGCAAGGUGUUCAAUGCGCAUUAUAAUUUAACCCGUCACAUGCCAGUGCACACGGGAGCCAGACCCUUUGUGUGUAAAGUGUGCGGUAAAGGGUUUCGCCAGGCUAGCACUUUGUGUAGGCACAAAAUCAUCCACACGCAGGAAAAACCUCACAAAUGCAAUCAGUGUGGCAAAGCGUUUAACAGAAGUUCAACACUAAACACUCAUAUUCGCAUUCACGCCGGAUACAAACCGUUCAUUUGCGAGUUUUGUGGAAAGGGCUUUCAUCAAAAGGGAAAUUACAAGAACCACAAAUUGACUCACAGUGGCGAGAAACAGUAUAAAUGCACCAUCUGCAACAAAGCUUUCCACCAGAUUUACAACCUGACCUUCCAUAUGCACACCCACAACGACAAGAAGCCGUUCACCUGCGGGACCUGCGGGAAGGGCUUUUGCAGGAACUUUGAUCUCAAAAAGCACAUCAGGAAACUUCACGACAGCAAUUUAACGACGACGAGCGAGCUGUCAAGGGCAAUGCAAGGCUGAAUGCCUCUCUCUCAAAAGACAAUCCAAUUAUGGGAUAUAUGAAUCCAUUUCUUUAAUAUGGAAGAGUAUACUUGAAUUGCUCUAGGUACCCCAUACUACUUACUUUUCAUUUUAUUACAUGACGUUUGACUGACAAUGUACAGAGUGUUAUUUAAGCGUUUAUCCUCUAUGUUCUGUAAUGUAGUACUUGUUUAUAACAAUGUAUCGAGUUAAGCGUUAAGUAUUUGUAGCUCUUGCUUUAUUUUAUAUAAAUUAAGAAAUGUAAACUUGUGUGAUGAAAGCGGUAUACAAUUAUACCGUUCAUUAAGAAGAAGCGAAAUAUUACAAUCCAUAAAAUAUCUUUCCCGUUAAUAAACCGAGUUACGUUUCUUCGGA